AUGGGUGGAACACAAAGAAAGAGUACCAGGCAAUCUAAUCCAGGUGCGCAGUUGAAUGACACCCCGAUGGAUGAUUCAGAUGACCUGGAUGAGACCUCAAGUGUUGGGAGUGUGUCAACCGCUGGAAACACAUCUCGUAGCGACACACCCAUCAGGAGGGCACGUCAGCAACGCAAGAUGAAACGCAAGGCAGGAGAGUCCUGCAAGCUGCAUUACAAAUUCACAUGCUAUGGCAAGGAGGACCAUGGAACUGCCAUCUUUGGUGUGCAGUUCAACUACCAUCUCAAGGAAGGUCAACCAGUGAUCUUUGCCACUGUUGGUAGCAACCGUGUGUCCAUCUACGAGUGCCCAGAAGGGGGAGGCAUCAAAUUGCUACAGAGUCAUAUGGCACCUCAUUCAAGUGGGGUUGAACCUGAAAAUUUCUACACCUGUGCUUGGUCUUAUGAUGAAGACACUAACAAACCUUUAAUGGCAGUCGGUGGAGCUCAUGGCAUCGUUCGCAUAAUCAAUCCUGGGCUACGUCAAUGUAUGAAGCAUUACAUUGGGCAUGGAAAUGCCAUCAAUGACUUAAAGUUCCAUCCUCGAGAGCCAAGCAUCCUCUUAUCAGGCUCCAAAGAUCACACUCUGCGUCUCUGGAACGUGAAGACUGAUGCCUACAUUGCCAUCCUAGGUGGAGUAGAAGGUCACAGAGAUGAAGUCCUUAGUGCUGACUUUGACAUGAAGGGGGAGAAGGUUGUUUCAUGCAGUAUGGAUCACUCCCUACGAAUCUGGGAUCUCACAAGGCCUGAACUAAAGGAUGCCAUCAGGCUUUCUCGUUCAUUCGUCCAAAGCAAGAGCCAGCCUGUGUUUCCAACGUACAAAGAGCAUUUCCCCAUUUUUGUGACUCGUGACAUCCAUCAGAAUUAUGUGGAUAGUGUGCGCUGGUUUGGAAGCUUCAUCCUGUCCAAGUCUUGUGAGAACUGCAUCGUGUGUUGGAAGCCCGGCCGUCUCGAGGAGGAGCUGAAGGUCAAUGACAGCAACGUCAGCAUCAUACAGCGAUACGAGUACAAAGGAUCCGAGAUUUGGUUCAUCCGCUUUGCCCUCGACUUCUGGCAGAAGAUCAUGGCAGUUGGGAACCAGAAUGGGAAGGUGUAUGUCUGGGACUUGGAUGUGGAGGAGCCAGGACUCUCUUCUUGCACAAUGCUCAAGCAUCCAAUGUGCUGCAUGCCUGUUCGACAGACUGCUCUCAGUCGGGAUGGCUCUGUCCUCAUCAGUGUCUGUGACGAUGGUACCAUCUGGCGGUGGGACAAGACAAGUCCUUAA